AUGGCACCAGCACCAAUCGAUCUCCAAAUCGUCGACGUCGCUGCGCCGACCAAACAUGAAAUCUCUCUACCUCAGCCGGCCAGAGAAAGACUAGAAAAGGCUGGGAUUGACCUGUCGCAGGGCUAUCCAUACAAGCCGGCCCGGCCGCUCUAUCUCGACGACGUCUACAACAUCCGCAACCAGAACCGAGAAUACGUCGACGCGGGCAGUCGCGCAGACCGAGACAAGAAGGCGCUUCUCGGCGCUGCGAAGGAGGUCAUUCAUCUCACCAAGAAUAUCGGCACAGAGAUCGUAGGCCUGCAGCUCAAGGACCUGACCGACCAGCAGAAAGAUGAACUGGCUCUGCUGAUUGCUGAACGAAGCGUUGUCUUUUUCAGAGACCAAGAUCUCACUCCUCAGAAACAGAAAGAACUAGGUGACUAUUAUGGCGAGGUCGAAAUUCACCCCCAAGUCGGCCAUGUGCCAGGCGUACCCGGCAUAACCGUGAUUUGGCCAGCGUUAAAUGCCCUCGACCGACCCGCCAGUUUCCGCAAACCUGGAGGCUCAUCACAGUGGCACACUGACCUUGUCCACGAGCGACAACCGGCCGGUAUCACACACCUGCACAACGACACCGUACCGACCGUUGGCGGCGACACGCUCUGGGCCAGCGGAUAUGCUGCUUAUGAGAAACUAUCUCCUGGAUUCCGCAAGAUUAUUGACGGGAAAACGGCCAUCUAUCGCUCUGCGCACGGCUAUUUAGACCGUAAGAACCCCGAAGCGGGCCCCAAGUACGUCGAGCGUGAGCACCCGUUGGUGCGUACGCAUCCUGCAACAGGCUGGAAGGCGUUGUGGGUUAAUCGCGCGAUGACGGUUCGUAUUGUUGGACUGGACAAAGCCGAAAGCGAUUUGAUCCUGGGGUAUUUGUAUGAUGUGUAUGAGCGUAAUCUGGACAUUCAGGUGCGAUUCAGGUGGACGCCGCGGACCAGUGCGUUGUGGGACAAUAGGAUCACAAUUCAUAAUGCGAGCUGGGACUACGAAGGCACGGAGCCCAGGCAUGGAACCCGAGCGACCUCGCUGGCAGAGAAACCAUUCUUCGAUCCUAAAUCGCCGUCGAGGAGAGAAGCGCUUGGUCUGUUGGGACCUGAUGAGAUUAAAGAACUGCAGGAAUAUGCAGGGAAUUUGCAGCUAUAA